UUUUACAAAAUAAAAGCAGUUAUUAAUCCUUCAAAAGUAUUACAAUCAUCAUUACUGUAAUGAAUUGAUUAGAUCGAUGACAACAUAACCUUGUUUUACUGGACUCUCAAAGUCAUGUAUUUCCCAAGAUUCAUCAGAAGUAAGAUUUUCUUUUUACUCGUUGUCUGGCGAAUUUUAUCAAUUUUCGUUGUUCAAACAUAUCAUGUUCCUGACGAGUACUGGCAAUCACUGGAGGUUGCUCACAAGCUUACUUUUGGCUACGGAUAUCUGACUUGGGAGUGGCUCAUUGGAAUCAGGAGUUAUUUCUAUCCAUUUAUAUUUUCGAUUUUGUACUCUAUUUUGAAAUUUCUUAAUUUUGAUAACGUUCAUUUGUUGAUUUAUUUGCCAAGAUUGUUCCAUGCACUUCUCUCUGCUUAUGCUGAAUAUAAAUUUUAUAUUUGGACUGAGAGUAAAUUUGCAUUGUUUAAUCUUUGCAUAAAUUGGUUUUGGUACUACUGUGCCAGUAGAACUUUAAUUAACAGUUUCGAAACAUGCUUGACUAUUAUUGCAUUGUCUGAGUAUCCUUGGAAGAAUAAUCCAAAGAGAAACUUAAAGUUCUUGUGGAUAGUCGGUCUCCUGUGCUUUGCACGACCGACCGCCGCUGUUGUAUGGAUUCCUUUGUGUAUUUAUUAUCUGUUCAAAGAAAAAUUUCUUUUCCUUAGGUACUUAUUGAUAGGUACCAUUUGUUUUGCAAUUUCUACUACCAUAGAUGUAAUAUGUUAUCGAAAAUUUAUUUUAACUCCAUGGGAGUUCUUCAAAAUAAAUAUUUUGAAUAAUAUUUCAGCGCAAUAUGGAGAGUGGCAAAUGUACUGGUAUUUCACUUCUGGUUUACCUGUAAUACUUGGCUUAAAUUAUGCCCUUCUUCCAUUUGCAAUUUUCAAAGCUUGUAAAAAUUAUAAAUCAAUGUUCAAAUCUUUGAUUCUUGUUUUAACAACCUUUUGGACAGUAGGUGUUUACUCUUUAAUUCCUCACAAAGAAUUUAGAUUUAUUCUUCCGGUUUUACCAAUGCUUCUUUAUGUAAUACAUGAGAGCUUGUUACACAAGAAACUGGCCAAGUCAAAGAGAAACAUUUUAAUUUUCUUGUUAACAAUCAGCAACGUAAUCCCUGGUAUUUUCUUUUCUUAUUUUUACCAGCAUGGAGCCAUGAGUGUUAUUGAAAAUCUAAGACAUGAUGUACAAACUACCAACUCUAGCAACAUAAAUAUUAUAUUUUUGACCAAUUGUCAUGCAACUCCUUACUACAGUCACCUUCACUUAAAUGUUCCUAUGCGAUUCUUAACAUGUGAACCUAAUCUGGAUCAAAGAGAAAAUUAUUACAACGAAGCAGACAUAUUUUUUGCCAACCCAAUGAAAUAUCUCGACAAAAUCUAUUUUAAAACUCGUUCUCCAAGCCAUGUGAUUGUUAGGGAUUAUACAGUAAAUAUGAUUGAACCAUUUUUGAGAGACUAUAAAAUUAUUGCAACUUGCCCAGACGUGUAUUUAUUAGAUAAAUUUAUAGCACUGAACAGAAAACAUAACGACUUUCAUCUGUAUAAACAUCGUUUGUUAAAAUAGAGUAAAGUUCA